CAAUACAACGUGUAAGGUGGGAAAUGUUAUUAUCUACGAAAAACCAAAGAGAAAGUUGCGAAGUGGUACUGUAUUAAGUGGGGCUUGUCUAAGGGGGCAUUUACCAGGAAGGGAGUAGCCUUAGUGGGCGUUUACCACGGCCUAGUUAUCCUAAAAUCGCAGAAAAUAACGUCCACCUAACCAUAGGAUUAAGCGCUGUAAGAAGAGAAGUAAAACAUUGAUAUUGCAAUGAGAAAGAACGCGCCGUUAAUAUUUUGUGAAUCAGAAUUGUUGUUGUUUUUGUUUUUUGUUGUUGUUUUUUGUUGUUGUUUUUUGUUGUUGUUGUUGUUGUUGUUGUUGUUGUUGUUGUUUUUUUAUGUUGUUUUUUUUCGUUGUUGUUGUUAUCUCUUUUUUCCUCUUUUUCUUGUUUUCUUUAAAUUCUUUUUGUUGCUUUACUUUCCUUUUUUCUUAUAACAAAAAAACAAACAAAAAAAAUGAUUGGUUUCCCAUCUUUUCUUUAUUACAUUGAAAAUUUAAUUUUGUUAGCAUACAAAGGCCGUCUUUAUUUUUAUUUCACUGCUAAGAGAAAGUCUAGACGAGACAUUUAUAUUAUAUUAAUUUUACUCUCUUCCAGAGUACCAUUCAAGUUGAAAAAAAACAUUCAGAUAAAAAUCAAAAUUAGAAGAAGUAUCAAGUUUAUGAAAAGUGCAAAAAAUUUUCUGUGUUACGUGUUCUUGUUUGCCUGAACUGUUAGCAGAAAAAAAUUUGUUUAAAUAAAAUAAAUGAUUUUUUAGUGUGAACAAGGGAAAUUUAAUAUGCAGUUUCGUUGCAUCCAGAUGUUAUGUUUAAACUGUGCAAAACAAGUUUCAGACGAGCUACUUGUAAGAUAAGAAUCUACUUAAAAACAGGGAGACGACAGAUGAUCGUGUUUGGUAAACGGGAUUUUAGUCUGAUAUAAUAAUCGAUAGUUUUCACAUAUGAAGGAAAAUUUAACAUUCUUGGCAAACGAUAACAAACGAAAAAAAUGACAAUGUUAUCAAAUCUGGAUGCAGUAUGCGGAACUGCAACUAUUAUCAAAGAAAUGUCAUUUUUUGCUGCGACUAUCUCAAUUCUAUUAUUUAUCCUGACAGUACCGAUCAAUGGAAUAGUAUUCUUUGCAAUCAUGAAAUACCGUCAUAUGCUGCAUCGAAGUUUUUACUUGGUAAUUGCAAAUAUUGCAGCUGCAGAUCUUUGUGCAGGUGUGGUGGCAAACAUCUUCUCUUUAAGUUUCCACAUCAAAGAAGGAAUGGAACAGUAUAUUUCUACAGAUGAAAUAAAGGCAAUGCAUUAUACGUUUUUUGCAUUUAACGGAGUUUCCGUACUCUCAAUGACUGUACUGAGUUUGGAUAGAUUAGGUGUGCUGUUAAAUCCAUUCUAUUAUUACAACAAAAUGACCAAACGAAGAACAAUUCUUCUUCUACUCUUUACAUGGGGUUUAUCUAGUGGAUUAGCAGGUGCAUAUUUCAGAUUGGGGUAUAUUCGCUACCUUGCCAUUUUCAGUUUCACCACUAUUGUUUUAACAAUGGUUGUUAUGGUGACGACAAUGGCUUUAUUUAAACGACGACUAACUGAAAGUGAGAAAGCUGCUGUGGAAAACAAUACGGGAUCAGCUGACUUAAACACGGCAAAUAAAUCGCGCCAGCGCACUUUGCAUAACUUUACACAGAUGGAUAAGCGAGUGACAACAACAUUCCUCUGGAUGCUUGUUUUAUUUCUAGUAAAUUAUCUUCCAGUUCUUCUAGUUGUGUUGUACAUGAACUUAUGUGAACAUUGCAGCUGUGAAUUCAUACACGUAUCUAGAGACCUGGUAUUUUUAUCGAUUUUAUCGAGUGGGUUAUUUCGCGCAAUUAAUUUUAUCGUUCGUUUGACAGCGUUGCGAGAAGCAGUUAAGAGUAUGUUGAAGAUCCGACAAAAACAAGAAACAGUUGGAUAUGAUAUCAACUGUGUUUAAGGUACUUUACCUUAUCAGUAUCGCUUGUAUAUGUGUACAUAUCAACUAUAGGACUUCUUAAUCACGAAGAAACCAUAUUAUAAAUAUUAACUCUAUUCAAGACAAGAUUUUUGGGGAAGUAUAAAAAGCCAAGGAAGAAGGAAAACGUUAGUAUCCCCAUUAUGAUCAUAAAACUUGUUGUUGACUUGUUGUGUCUAUUGCUCACUGGUAAUUAUUUAAUUAAUUAAUUAAGGAACAGUUGGGAAUAUUUGAGAAAUUGCAAACCUCUUUUACACUCCGUUGAAGUUUAGCACGAUGUGGCGCUUUUUAUUAUUUCUUAAAGAAUUAGAAUUCAAAUACAAAUAAAAUUUGAUUUUAUCGUUUAAGUUCAAAUUCUUCUUCUUUAGGGAACUUCAAAGAACUCAAGUUUUUUUGCUGUUAAUUCCAGAUAAUGUGAACACAUAUUUUUUUAUAUCAAAUUCGGUUGUAGAACAACCUCAUCCCCAGGACUAUUUACUUCUCAACGGCGCUGCGCUUUCCUAUAGUUCUAGCGAAAUGGGUGCUGGGGUCGAGCUUGGGUUGUAGAAUGGCUGGUAAAACAAGAGCACACCUCAUAUUCGCAUUUUUUUAUUUCAACUCGAAAAAUGUUCGAGAAUAAGAAAAGAACUCUACAUCAGUUUCAUACCGCGCAGGCGAGCACUUUGUACUACAACUCUAAUCUAUCUUGCUACGUAUUAUCAUAUUUUUAUUUCCGUCACAAACACGAUCAAACAAGAAUUAAAAUGUCAAAUUGAAAAAGGAGCCUAGAAACUGCCAAUUAAAAUAGGUAGAAUAAGGUUCUUUUAUGCCUAACUGCAAAUAUACGCACGUAGAUAAGACAAAUUUAUUGGUUAUUCAGGAAAAGUAAAAAAUCAUCCAUCAAUGAUUUGGAGACAAGGUCUUAAAAGUACCAACUGUUAGGUGAAACAAAAUCGUUAAAGAAAACAAAAAGAUAAAAUAAAUGGAAUUUGGUAGCAAAACGAUCAUUAAGUAUUCUCUUUUGUUUCAACAUUUGCCGCCUCAAUAAAACUCUGUUGUUAUAAAAACAUAGACAAUAUAUGUAUUUCUUAACAUGUCUCACUGCUAUUUAUUCAUCCUGGCUGACCUUGGGAGCCUGACCUGAGGAAUUAAACAAAGUGAAAAGUUGCAAACGCGCUAAGUACAGAGUUUUUAAUCACGAUAACGCAGCCUGGGGGUAAGUCUUAUUGUCUCCCCUUGUGGCUUCUAUGAUUAAACCCAAGGGCUAGAAAAUUUUAGGGUUAGAUGAUGUAGGAACAAUGUAAAUUAUGUAUUAAUCAAUAAAGCAAUUGACCCCCUCUGCUCAUUGUUGCUACUGGCCUGCAGAAACAUGGUUAAAGAAAUGUGAGCGUCUCUAGAAACAUUAGCGAGUACGAUCGCCAGUAAAUAUCCGAAAUAAGAAAUCAUAUCUGGUUUUCUUUUAUAAAUACAUUGACUAUAAUAUUUUUAUUAGUUCAAAUCUCUUUGUUUUCUUUAUUAUAUGCUCGGAGCCUUUCGGACUUUCACGCAAAACAAGAACAUUUCAGGAUAUGGAUUUUCUUACAUUUUUUCUCAUGCUUAAACUUUUCUUUUCACCUACAACAAAUGCGAACUACUAUUCAUAUUGGCACGACUACUGUAUGAACACCAUUAUAAAGCUGCGUCGCCAGCAACAAAUUUCUGAUAUACACACAAAUACUAGAAACUUUUAAUAAUAAAAAAAUCCAUGAAAAUAGGAACAAAUAAGGCUAAAUACUGAGUGUUCUUACUUUUAGAAAUAAAAUAUGAACAAAUCAGAUACCAGCCCCAGGUCAACUUCCUUCCCAGGGUAUUUUGCUUUUUUGCUAAUUUUGAUUGCAGCGAAAAGGUUGUUUGCCGCCAUGUAGUAUGUUGUGUUUAUAUAUAUAUAUUCUUGAAUCAAAAUUCAUUGUUUAUGUUAGUCCGUAAAAUGUAACUUGUCAUGUGUAGUGUUACCAUUUAUCGUUAUGCCUUGUUUAUUCAUUUCUUUACUCACUUGUCCAGUCCCGUGUCUCAUUGUCUCGUACGUCCCACUUGUAUUGUAUCAUUAUGUUUUAUCUUAGCUAUAUGUAUUGUUUAAUUGUUAAUUGUUACUUGAUCGUGUCAUUAGGGAUUUCAUGUCAAUUACUUUAUAAUACGUUUUUUUUACAUUUUCAUUCAUUCCGUCAAAUCACAAAAACUGAGCAGUCACAAAAUAACUUUAUACAAAAAGCAUCAAACAAUUUGUUACACACGUCAAACUUUCAAGAAACAUUUUAGCGUAAUUCAAUUUCAAGUCUAUCUGGUUUUACACUUGGGCAAUCUGGUACGAUUAUUUAAAAAUAUAUUUCAAUUUAUUUUGUCAAACGUUUAUUAAAACUAAAUUUGUAUAUAUAUAUUUUUUAGUUUGAAUAACUUAACUUACCAUAUCAUCUCAGUUUUAAAAUUGUAUUCCGAGCAACCCGACCUUAAAACUGGAUAGACCCACAUAGUAGUAGGUACGAGGUUGGCCCUAAGUCAAAUUUUGCUGGUUCUUAUAAAAGGCAAACCCAGGGGGCGAGAUUGAGUGUCUAUUGUUGGUAACUGAGUUAUUCUUGGUAUAAAGAAGAAGAAUUUUAGAAAAAAAAAGAAAGAAAUUUUUUUCACAACUUUAGAAGAUUGCUUUCUAGAAAUAGGAAAGUCGCUGUUGAAAUGAUGGUGCGUUUAAAGCAAGCAGGUGGAGAACAAACAUACAAGCGGGAAGAUAGCUUUGAUUUAAUUUGUGGGAGUUUCAACACAACAAGGGUUAAAGAUGUCUCUAGCUAACUGGCCAACAACGUGUGCAGAACUUUCUGCUAGCUUAUAUCUUCUUUCCGGCAGGUUCGGCACUGGAACCACCAAAUGUUGUAAAAAAUCAAAAAUUUUGAUGAUCCUAGAACUUGGAAAAUCUAGCUAGUUUUACUUUAGCUAUACUUUUUCCCAUACCUCUGAUAAUCUUUUGUAGGGCCACUCACGCCUGUCGUGCUCGACCGGCGUUAACCUCAACGGUGUCUUCUUGUGCUGCUCCAAUACCUGCAAAAGGUAGUGGAAUAGAUGCAACAUUUUUAAGUACUGUCAGGAGACUUGUUCAAGUCUUGAUUUUGUUGUGUAUAAAGACCUGUGAGGCUUUACAGUCUGGAGAAAAUUGUUAAGAUAGGUUUUGAACUUUCCUACUGUCCAUCCAGUUAGGUCUCUUAAGCUUUCUGGGAAGAGAAUUAAAGAGUUUGGGUGCUUGAUAACGAAGGGUUAGUGCAGAAGGGAAGAAGAAGAAGUCACUUACUUCUGCUGGCAGAAUUCACUUCUCCCUUUUCCCUGCUCCCACUUCUGGGAGUUUGAUUUUACAAGGUACUUCGAAAAAAUGAUUAUAACUGCAAGCAAUAUUCUAGAUGGGGUACAACUAGUGAUCUCCAUAAUCAAAAUGACUGGAGAAAGCAGCAGUGGCAAAGAAAUGGAUUCAGGUUCAAAAUAUGAGGUUGACGUGACCACAUGUUGUAUACAAAAUGUGACAGUAUUUAUGGACAGAGCUGAAGUUAAUCGCAAAGUUACGGUUGAAACUGUUCCGGGAAGUUUUGGUACAGAAUCUUCCAUCUGUCAUUGACAAAGAUUCAAUAAGAGUGACCUGUUAUGGUAAAGCUACAAUUGUUGAAGUAGCGUAUCAGGAAAAAGCCAUUUCACAAAAAGGUGAAACAGAAGAUGAAUUAAAACUCAAAGCAACAGAAGCUGAAAAGACAGAAAGUUCAAUCAAAGAUUUGACUACUCAGAAGUUGAAACUUGUUGAAAGGAUAAAAUUGGCUGAAAAUGAAAAGGACCUGCUGGAAAAAUAUAGAGUGUGCAUUUCUUCUG